UCCAGGUCUCUGUACUGAGCUGGACUUCAUCGUAAAACAAACGUCUGCUUGCUACUUUUUCUCCAACAGAGUCGAGUCGAGUCGAGUCAAAUUCAAAGUGAAAGCGCAGUGGAUCUAUGCGCAACGGGACCAUCGGUGAUCUUUACGCACGGAUUAUUCGCCUGUUUCAUCGGACCGACGAACUCGGGUUUACUACUACACCACGGUUCUACUGCAGUAACGAUCGAGAUCCCUACCAAAAAACAACAACAACAACAACAACAGGAAGAUUUUAGAGUUGGCCAUGCGUUUGGUUUGUGUGUCCUCGUAUAUUGUCCCCGAACUCCCCAAAUCCCCUCGCAUGGCUUUUGGGGAUCUGGGUCUUGACAUGAUUAAAAUGAAUAGUCACCAACCACUCUGGUGGUUAAACGCGAUCUGCUGAACCUUGGACCCUUUUCAACAAAUCUUAAAAAGUGUUUUGCAGAAGAAAGUCACUCAUACACGUGUCAGAUGGUAUGAGGGUUGAACAGUCCUAACGAUGGAUAAUUUGGAUGCUGUUUUGUGCGUUUUUGCCCUUGUCUGGAUAAUAACUCAAAGAUGGAAAGGAACACCAUCUCCAGCGGGCGAUCUCCGCCCAGCAGGUGUAUGGAGAGAAAAAGGAUAACAUGGUGAUUCCCGUCCCAGAGGCCGAGAGCGACAUUGCCUACUAUGACUCGCUCUACCCUGGAGACUUCAAGAUGCCAAAGCAGCUCAUUCACAUACAGCCUUUCAGUCUGGACAUGGAACAGCCGGACUAUGAUCUGGACUCUGAGGAUGAGGUGUUUGUGAAUAAGUUGAAGAAGAAGCUGGAGGUGGGGGCCCUGCAGUUCGAGGUGAUGAUUGACAGAUUGGAGAAGGGCAGCGGACAGCAGGUUAUUAAAAAGAUUCAACACUCACAUUGUGAACCGCACAAUAAACCUCAGGGAUUUCACUCCGUGCUGGUGACAUUACAGGAAGCAAAGCUUUUACUGAAGGAAGACGAUGAUCUGAUCAGGGAGUUGUUUGAAUACUGGAGCAGGAAAAGGAAACUGUAUAACAACGGAUCCCUCAUCCCGACCAUCAAACAGGAAAAGCGGGAUGGUUCCAGUACCAAUGACCCCUACGUGGCCUUCAGACGCAGGACAGAGAAGAUGCAGACAAGAAAGAACCGCAAGAACGAUGAGGCAUCAUAUGAGAAGAUGCUCAAAUUAAGAAGGGACCUGAGUCGAGCCGUCACCAUCCUGGAGAUGAUCAAGAAACGAGAGAAGAGCAAACGAGAACUGCUCCACCUCACACUGGAGAUCGUAGAGAAGAGGAACACUGUGCCAGACUUUGGAUCAGAGGUGAUGGCAGAAGCACUAGCUAUGGCAAAACCUGUUUACAAGAUUCCCAUAAUGCCCUUCUCCAACAGCACUCAGUACCGCCACCAGGACCAAAUGGACUUCAAAGACUACAAGACCAAGCCUGAAAAGACAGAGGUGGUCAGAACGAAAAGGAAGUAUGAGAAGAAGCCCAAAAUCCUGCCUCUCUCCGCCCCAUUUCAUACUGGACCCUCCCUGUUUAACCCCAAAGAUCUCAACCAGUACGACUUCCCCAGCUCUGACGACGAGCCCUUUUCACAGAUCCAUUCUGGCUCAUCCGAGGCGGAGGAAGAUAAUGAGCCUGACGGAUCGUUUGCCUUCAGGAGGAAAGCAGGAUGCGUUUAUCACGCUGCCCGUUUGGAUCAGAGCGGCAAUUGGCCUUGGUGUGGAGAAACAGAGGGAGGGUCAUGUGACCCGCAGUUCCGGUACUCCCUCACCACUCUUACCGUUCCCCGCCGCUGUGUCGGGUUGGCACGGAGACGGAUGGGUCGGGGCGGCAGAAUUCUACUGGACCGAGCAUAUUCAGAUUUGGACGGUUUAUUCCAAAGUCUGGAUUCGGACCCGGAAUUCUCCUUUCCUGCUUCGCCUAUUUAUUCGGAAACCACUUUCCAAACCAAUACCUCAACCCACACAUUGUCGUCUUCACAACCAUUAACUUCCUCUUCCUCACAUCCGGCUUAUUCAGACCUGAGACAGAUCCUACGAAACAUCAAAGCUUGCCGCUGGAGGCACUUUAAACCACGGACACUAACCAGCCAAUCAGGGGCAACGGAUGUGCUAUUACGGAGACAAACAUUUAGAGGGUUUGUCAGGGGCAGCACAGGGCCGGGUGGCAGUACGCAGGGCAGAACGGCAGGCAUGGGACCACCUGCAGUAGCAUUCACAGCUGAACAGUAUCAGCAACAUCAAGAACAGCUGGCACUUAUGCAGAAACAACAGCUGGAGCAGAUGCAACAGCAGGCCAAUGACACGGCUGCCACUCAGUCUCUUGUGUCCGAGACGUUGGACUCAGUCAGCGCGCAGUUUGCCGCCUCUGCACUGAUGACCUCUGACCAGCUAUUGACCCUAAAGAUCAAAGAGGAUGGCGUUGUAGGAAGUGGAGCCAAUGGAGUCAUCCAGGCUUCAGGAGUUUACAAGGGUCUGAGUAUUUCUGCCACUUCCUCUGCUUCUGUCCUCACUAGCCAACCUACUUCAGCCACUGUCCCACCCACCUUCCUCUCCUCCACUAAUAACACUAAUACAAGCUCCACCCACACUGUCCACAACCCUAUAGGUAACCACAGUAACAACACAGCCAACUCUCAGGUUCUGAUUGGCAACAACCUGCGUCUUAGCAUGACCACGCCCUCUAUCGCCAGUCUGAAUGCCCGUCACCUGUCCAGAAGUCACAGCAACGUGCCGCCUUCUGCCUUGAAGCUCGCCGCCACCAGCAACUGUCAGCUUCCCAAAGUCAGCUCUGGGGAGAAUCACGAACAGGAAAAGCAGUCCCUCAACAGUUUAGCAGAGAACACAGUCGCCAUGGAGGUGACGUAGUGACCGUUGCCUGGGCGACGUUCUUUUUUCGCCCCGUCCAGUCUUCUGGUGCUGUGCACCAAUUGAGUUUGGGGAAACAAAAAGGACAGUGGGUUUCCAUGGCAACUGUCUGAAUUGGACAGCAAAUUUCAUCUCUUGUCUUUUUCACCUCCUUUUUUCAUUUUGUUGCUCUUUUUUAAUACACUUUAUGUUAAGAAAAGUGAUGUGUAAAUUAUGAAUAUGGCUAAUAUUCGAUGUACAUAAACUACAUGUUUGUAAAAUUCCACCACCAUCACCCUUGUAUAUAUGCUACUUGAAAACAAAACGUUUGAGUUGUGAUGUUUUGCACUUGGGGAAUCAAAAAAGAAGUGAAUGGGGGGAGGGGGAUUCGGAGUGUGAGCGUGAAACGUUAGGUCAGGUAAAAGUGAGUGUGUGAAUAGUCGUGCAUGGUAAGGAACCUGCUGUUCUACCUAUUUAUUGUGCUGUGUUUACAGUUUUUGUUUUUCCCAUUUUCUUUUAUUACGUACACUGUGCCCUAAGUUGUUUUCUGUGACGUUGUUUAGGUAGCUGCCAAUUCCCUAUUUCCCCCUCCGUUUUCAAGUUCGACUGUUUAACGCUGUGUGAAUCGGAUUGAACAUAAUAGGUAUCAUGCAAGUUCUUUGGUUUUAUUUUUGUUUUUUCCCCCCUCCUCUUCUGGGAGGGAUAGGACAUCUGGUAUUGGACACCCUUUGGGUUUGGGGUUAGGGGGAGGGCAGAUUUAGGGGGCUGGUUAUAGGAAUCUUCCAUUUUUAUCGUCCCAAAUAAUAACGAAAUGACAAACAAGGGAUGAAGUCUUCAUUUGGAAGUUUCCAAUGCUUCCAUGUCAACAAAGCACUAUUAUUUUAUAUUUACAUUUUUUUGUUGUUGUGAUUUAUUGCUGCUUUUUGUAUAAAUUCAGUUCCUUUUUUCAUACGAUGUAAAGUUCAGUUUGCCCCAUUUUUAUUUCUUUGUGCAACAAAGACCAGAGUUAUUUUUGUAUCUUGUUUUUGAAUUUUUCUUUGUUUUUUUUUUUCUUUCGGUUCUUGUGGUUAAGCGUCUUUUGCGCUUCGUUAAAGGAAGACUUCAUUCUUUGGUUGCUUGUUGCGAAACAUCACACGCGACGGCCGAUAAAUGUCCACCACAGCUGCAACCGAGUCAUCAUUCAGUUUUAAUGACAUAUUCAAGACCAAGGAGAAAUGAGGUGGAUGCCUAACAAAUGUUGUCUCGUGAUAUUUCUCUACACUGACUCUGGACUAAUUCAAGGCCUGAAAACCACAAGUUAAAGGUUGUGCCUUCCUUUAGGAAUGUCCUGCUCUGUCUCUUCUGUGAAGAGGAUGCUCUGGAUCAAGACCGCGGUAUUGCGGUACACACUUGUACUGAGCUCGGAUCUCUGAUGCCCGGCCCACUGGCUGAACUAAGUCCUCCAGGGGGUUUCUAGUCUGAUCUGGAGGGAGGCAAAAAAAAAAAUAUGGAAACUAUAAAAAAGGAAAAAAUAUUAUUGAAUAAGUGAUAAAAGAUAUGUGACAAUUCAAACAUGAAUCAGACAAUAAAGCCCAGGUUAUUAUAUGUGAA